AGCGGAGAGCCGGGCGCGGGGCUACUGGCGCGGCCUGGGCCGUGUGGUCAGGGCACCUAGGAGCUCGCGGCCGCGGGAGUCGGCUCCACUGUGCAAAUGUUCAUGAGUCCUUUUCUCAGAAAUCUAAAGAUGAUCCUAACUAACAGCAUCUACUUUGCACCAUCCUUCUCACAUCCCUCCUGAACAGUAAUGUUGGUUAUUUCAGUCUCUUGCCAGCGACUUCUGAUGUCCCAGCAAAUGGCAUUGUCCCCAGCAGUGCUGAAAAGAUACUCCCGAGGGCCCAGCAGUGAUACAUACAACUAACGCAGACUUGCUUGCACUCUGGUGGGUAGACCUUGAACAGGAGUGAUGCCUCCAGGCAGGUGGUAUGCUGUCCAUCCAGCUCAGGCCAAGGCUUCAAGGGAGCGAGGACGCCUUCAGAUGAUAAAGAAGGAAGAAGAGGAUGAAAGCUACACUUCAGUGCCAGCUGCCAGACCACAGACACUCAAUCGUCCUGGCCAGGAGCUGUUCCGCCAGCUCUUCAGACAGCUUCGCUACCAUGAGUCUUCUGGGCCUCUAGAGACUCUGAGCCGGCUCCGGGAGCUCUGCCGCUGGUGGCUGAGGCCAGAUGUUCUUUCAAAGGCCCAGAUUCUGGAGCUGCUGGUCCUGGAGCAGUUCCUGAGCAUCCUGCCAGGGGAGCUUCGGACCUGGGUGCAGCUGCAUCACCCUGAGAGUGGUGGGGACGUUGUGGCCUUGCUGGAAGAGCUACAGAGGGACUUCUAUGGGACACCAUGGAGGGACCCAGCCCUUGCCCAGAGCCCAGAUGUGCAUUGGAUGGGCACAGGAGCCCUGCAAGCCGCACAGAUAUGGCCCCCUGCUUCACCUCUCAGGAGCGGCUCGGCUCUGGGGGACCACCUGCAGCCUCCCUAUGAAAUAGGAGUGCGUGACUUCCUGGCUGGGCAACCCGAUCCUCCUGCUGCACAGGUUUCUGCCCUUUCCCAGAGAGAGGGAUGUUCAGGAGACCUGGUGACAGUCCAGCCUCAGGAGGCUGUGACUUUCAAGGAUGUGGAGGUGACCUUUUCCCAGGAUGAGUGGGGAUGGCUGGACGCUUCUCAGAGGAACCUAUACAGGGAUGUGAUGCUAGAGAAUUAUGGGAACGUGACUUCUUUGGUGGGGCCAUUCACCAAACCUGCUCUGAUCUCCUGGUUGGAGGCAAGGGAGCCGUGGGGCUUGAAUGUCCAGGGAGCUCAUCCUAAGGGGAGUCCAAGUGCUGCCCCUGCAGGAAAUGAGCUCCAUGUGAAAACAGACAAGUUCAUCUUAAAACAUGAACCUUUGGAAGAAGCUAUGCCAUCAGGAUGUCAUGGUGCAGCAAAUAUUUCUGAGGGAACAGGGCUCAGAGAAUCUUUUGCACAGAAGAGCAGGUUAAAGGAGCAAUGUGGAAACCCCAUACAAGUGACAGUUAAGAAAGAAGAGACCAAUUCCAGCUACGGGACAGGAAAAGACUGUGAAGAAUCGGGAAGAAGUAAUAGUCUUCAUCUAAAACAUAUUACAUGUUUGAGAGGACCCAGAAAAAAGCAGUCCCUUAAACAUGGCUAUGGCAAACACUUCAGAGGGAGUUCAUACCACUGUGAUUACAAGGAAUAUGGGAAAGGGCUCAGACGCGUGAUUGGGGGGUUUAGCCUACAUCAGAGAAUUCACGCUGGACUGAAAGGGAAGGCAAAGGAUGCGCACGGGAAGGACUUCAGCCUUAGUUCUCAUCACCAACACGGGCAGAAUCUUCACAUGGUGGGGACAUUGUAUACGUGCAGUGACUGUGGGAAGACCUUCAGUCAUAGCUCCCAUCUUGCAUGUCAUCAGCGACUUCACACUCAAGAGAAGCCGUUUAAAUGUAGGGCCUGUGGGAAAGCCUUCAGGUGGAGCUCGAACCGUGUGCGACAUGAGAAAAUUCACACUGGAUUGAAACCUUAUAAAUGCAGUUUAUGUGACAAAGCUUUCCGACGCAUGUCUGCCUACCGCCUGCACCAGGAAAUUCAUGCUAAGCAGAAAUUUCUUGAAUCUUAUCAGCACGAGGAAGCUCUCUCUUGUGGCUCAGGGUUUGAUCAUCAUUUGAGAGACCAAAAUGGGGAGAAACUCUUUGACUGUAGCCAGUGUAGGAAAUUCUUCCACUGUAAGUCAUAUAUUCUUGAACAUCAAAGGAUUCACACCCAGGAGAAACCCUAUAAAUGCAUCAAAUGUAGGAAAACAUUUAGGUGGAGGUCAAACUUCACUCGUCACAUGAGACUGCACCAGGAAGAGGAGGUCUGUGAUCCAGACAAAUGUAGAGAAGACUUUAGGCAGACCUCCAACUACAGUCAGCCCCAGAGUGCCCCCACUGUGGAGAAAGCUCUUUUGUGUCAGCAGUGUGGGAAGACCUUUAAUCAAAAGAAAGCUCUCAUUGAUCAUCAGAGAAUUCACACAGGCGAGAAACCAUACCAAUGCAGUGAAUGUGCAGAAGACUUUCCUCAUAAGUCGGCCUUUAUCGUUCAUAAGAGGCAGCAUGCCGUCGAAAUAAAGCCUGAGGACGUGCCAUCGUUUAGUCAGGACGGAGCAUUCCAAGUUCCUCAGAGCAGUCACACCACAGAGGAACCCUACAAAUGUAGCCAGUGUGGCAAAGCCUUCCGUAAUCACUCAUUCCUCCUUAUCCAUCAGAGAGUUCAUACCAGAGAGAAGCCUUAUAAGUGCAGGGAGUGCGGGAAGUCUUUCAGAUGGAGUUCUAACCUCUCCCGACAUCAGAGGGUUCACUCUUUGGGGAAACCGUAUGAGUACCACGAAAGUGAAGAUGCUCCGAAUCUGCAGUCACAAAUACUCACUGGUGCAAAACCUUUUUGGUGCCAAGAAUGUGGGAAAAGCUUUACACGUAAAAGAAGUCUUUUAGAUCAUAAGGGAAUACACAGUGGAGAGAAACGCUAUAAAUGUAAUCUGUGUGGGAAAUCUUACGACAGAAAUUACCGCCUUGUUAAUCAUCAGAGAAACCACACGAAAGAGAGACCAUUUAAAUGUCAGUGGUGUGGGAAAGAUUUCAUUGGAAGACAUACUCUCUGUAUUCAUCAGAGAAAACACACCAGAGUGGCCCAGUCUGAAUGCAGUGUGGCUGGGUUGUCUUCUCGCCAGGAUACAGGGGUGAGUUUACAGGAAUUAAAACCAAGUGAGGAGAAGAAACCUCUUGAAGAUUGUGAGAAAACUUGUGAUCAGAACUCCGGACUCACUGGGCUCCAGGAUAUACCCACUGGGGGAAAGUGCCACAAAUGUACCACGUGUGGGAAAACUUUUAGCAAGAGCUCACAACUCAUCAGCCACAAGAGAUUUCAUACUCGAGAGAGGCCCUUCAAAUGCAAAGAGUGUGGGAAGACCUUCAGGUGGUCUUCAAAUUUGGCUCGGCAUAUGAAAAACCAUACUAGAGAUUAGCUUGGGGUCUGACAGUGUGGGGAGGGGGUCCUGGCUACCCUGCUAGAGAACCCCUGAUUGUAGGCAGUGUGGGGCAGACCUUCAUAGAGGGCCCAGCCCUUUCUAUUUUGGAAGCUAGUGGCAGAGAAUCCUGAGGAUUCAAAAAUGCAGGGCAGGCACCCCCAUCCUACUGCUGGAAAAUGAGGUGCUGGGGAAGAGCAGCAACGUGUUCCAGAAGGAGGCUUGGACCCCUAGGAGUGGUCUUUGCACAAUGGCCUGGAGCUCCCCCAGCCAGAUCUCCUUCUAUAACUCUAAAGGGAGAGACCAUUGCCCUUCUUGGUUCAACAAAAUGUCCGUGGCAUGGUGGGCUGUGGCUGCUGGGAAGGGGCCAGUUGGAUCCUAAGUUUCCCUUUUGAGUUUGGCUUGUGAUGGUGCCUAGUCUGUUUGACCUUAAAAGCACCAGCAGCAGUAAGAACUAGUCUCUUCUGAUGCCUCCAGGGGAGUUCUGGCUGCGGCUUCAGUCUUCACAGCUGACUUUGGAUAUUUGCCAUGGGCGUAGAGUUGUCUCAGCUGCGAGUGGAGAACAGGGUACUGGGCUUGAUCACCUGGAGAAUGAAGCUCGACCAGUGCCCCAUCGCCAUC